UUCCCAUCACCAAUGUUUCUUGGAAUUGGACAGAUGGCAGCCACCAUACUUAUCUUGUAUGUGUCAAAACUAAAUAAGAUUGUUCAUUUCCCCGAUUUUGACAAAAGUAUACCUGUGAAGUUGUUUCCUCUGCCUCUGAUUUAUGUUGGAAACCACAUAAGUGGAUUAUCAAGUACCAGCAAACUCAGGAAACGAUACCCACUGAGUAUUAUAGUCAGCGUAUUUGCCAUCAUUCUUGGGGCUUUCAUAGCAGCUGGGUCUGAUCUGUCUUUUAAUCUGGAGGGCUACACCUUUGUGUUGCUAAAUGAUAUCUUCACAGCCGCAAAUGGAGUUUACACAAAGCAGAAAAUCGAUCCAAAGGAGUUGGGAAAAUAUGGUGUACUUUUCUAUAAUGCUUGUUUCAUGGUGGUUCCAACAGUUAUUCUUAGCUUUUCUACUGGAGACUUUCAGCAGGCAACACAUUUCCAGCACUGGACAAAUUUUUUAUUUGUCUUUCAAUUUAUUCUUUCCUGCUUGUUGGGGUUUCUCUUGAUGUAUUCUACUGUCCUAUGCAGCCAUUACAAUUCCGCGCUCACAACAACAGUAGUUGGUGCCAUCAAGAAUAUAUCUAUAGCUUACGUUGGAAUGUUGAUUGGUGGAGAUUAUAUAUUCUCUGUGCUAAACUUCAUAGGGCUAAAUAUUUGUAUGGUAGGAGGACUGAGAUACUCGUUUUUAACGUUAAGAGGAAGCAGCAAACCUGUGCAACCUGGAGAUGAAGAGAAUGCACUUCCUGUGUCAAAGAGUUAGCAAAAAUGCCUGCCUUGAAAGAGACUGAAGAUACAAGUUCGUUCAGCAUUGCUGAGAACUUAAAUAAGUAUGUGUUGGAACAUACUUGAAACAAGAAGAAAAAUCUACCUCAAGUUGCCACAGAUGUGCACAUAAUUCAUUGGUUCAUAAAUAUUCUAGCUCACCAUGUUCUUCACAUGUGGACAAGUUUAAUUUUAGCGCUUUUUUUAAAAAAAAAACAUGAGCUAUUUUAUAGGAAGGAAUGCCAUGAGCAAAUCUCAAGUGGUAAAUUUCUUCAUUUACCUGUACUUUGGUGCUGUUUGUACUCAACAAGAUCUUUGAGUUCUGUUUCAGUGUCUACCAGUAGUCUCUGAGGCAAAACUCCCUGUAAAGAUUAUGAGGCUUUAGUCACCAUUGCCUUAUGCCAUAUGCAAUCUUUGAGAUCAUUGAAGAGAUAAAAGAUGCUAGAGAUUCAGAAUGAUUUCAUGUACGCAUUUGCUCUUGUGUAAUGUAGAACAUAUGGGGCAAAGAGGGGAUGUGGCCCCAGAUUGUUCCUUGUGUAAGUGUUGACUAAAGAAUUCAGAAUAUGGCCUGGUAUGUUUGGUAUACAUUGUAGACAUUCUCUCAGGCUUCUACUCAUCCUCAGUAACAUCAUGGUGUUCUGCUGCAAUUACCACUGUUGUUAUAAGUGAACCCUGAUAACUUUGCUGCAGAGUCAGUGAGAGAAGGAAAUUCAGAGAGGAUUUUUAAAAAAGAUUUUUGUGUGUGUGAGCCAGCACCAAACAGGUGAUUAGGAGACAGCAAAGGUAAAUGUACUUUUGUUGAGGUGCAUUCAUCUUCUUAUAUCACAGUCCCCUCCUCUGAUGUUUUGUCUAUAACUACCUUUUAAUGCUGCAGAGAUGUGAUGCUACUAUGUACAAACUGCAGGAGGGAAAACUGAUGACAUGGAAGACUAACUUGUUUUUAAAUUAAGAAAAAGGUUUGGUGUCCUGUUAUGUCUUAUAUGUGCAUUGAAGGCUUAUCUGGGACUAGUUCAUGCUUAAAAUGCAGAGCAAGGAAUCAUAACAAGCCCAGGGGGUUGCUACAGUGGGCAAGACCUGUCCAGUGGUUAAAAAUAAGGUCCAGAACAUGGUGGUCUGAUUUAUCAUAUGAGACUAUAAUGGCACCACUCUGUAUCUUUAUUUCCUUCUCUGAAAAUACAGUUGAUAAUGCUUACCUGUGUCUUUCACAAUAUAGCGUUAAUCUUUGAAAACACAGUAGAAGCAUUGCACAGUGCUGGAAGACAGCGGAGUAAUGAAUCUUGUUGAAGUUCUCAAUUCCCUGCAAGCUUGAGCCAAGAUUUUUUAAAAUAAUCAAAUCAAAAUAAGACCUUGGAAGACCUUGACAUGGAACCAGGGUAUUCUAGUGACUUGUUUGAUUCUCGCUUGAAUUAAAAUGCAGCUAAAUCUGAAAAGCAUUACUCUGUGUGUAACACAUGAAUGACCAGACUGGAUUAGAUCUAAGCAGCAUGUGAGUAGCUCACACCAUAAACUUCAGAGGAUGACUAGGCUGCCCACUGCCUGCAUGGUUUUGAAUGGCAGAAAGAGGAGUGGCUGCAAAGAUCAGAAGUGGAAUUCAAGGGCACAGUCAAAGUGGAAACAAAAGUCUGAGCUGUCCAGUUUCUCACAGCUGGCUAAGAGAUGUGACUUUCAUUUUCCAUUUGUAUUGAAGAGCUGGGGAGGGAAGUGGUUGCUGCAUAUGUUUUAGAGAGAUCUUCAGUUUUUAAAGUUUAUACUUAAAAAGCCUUCAAUAUUUUGAGUGUUUUUUUAUAGGACUCCUUUUUCUCCAGAUCAUCUCUACCUCCAGAAUCCUAAUUAUUGAACCUCAGCUCUGCAGUGGGACAAGACAUUGGAGGGUUUUCAUUAAUUAUGAAAAGAUUAUGAGAGCCAUUUGACUGCGGUACUGGUUGACACACAAUGGCACCUGCUAACUAAGAUGUCGUUCCCAUAGAGGAACAGCUACUGUAUGCAUUUAAUUCAUUAAUAUUUUGCUGUACCUUUUAUAAAUAAAGAGAAACAGAUUACAGUUUUAAUAGAUUUUUUUGGUUUUGUGUGGAUGGACAUAUAAAAUGCUUUCAAGCAUACAUAGAUAGCACCAAUAUUUGCUUUCUGUACAAUCAACUGAUAGAGUGUACUUGAAAUAGUUUCAUUAGUUUAUUCUCCACUGUAGUUGAAGUGAAAUUUAUUUAUUGUUCAUGUCAUGUUUUUGAAGUGCUUCAGACUUCUUAUAAAAUAGCAACUUAUGAAUACAGCCUUUACCUAAAAUACAGAGUCUUUAUGAUAAAAUUAAUCAAUAAUUUAAAAAAUACAUUUAGAAAUAACAAGAAGUAGGUACUAUCUGGAAGAACUUGCAAGUUCUUGCAUCAUUUCACAAAACAACUCUGCUUCAGUCAAUUGCUGUUUUCCUCUGUAUCUGUGAAGUUAAUAUUGAUUCCAAUAAAUUUGCUGUUUGAAACUGGGAAUAUGGGCUCAACCAGGCACAACCAUCAUGUUAGAAUUUAGGUAAUUACAGAAAUGGCUAUUUUGUUCAGAACCUCAGUAAUUGUGUCUUUCAAUUAAUAAAUUAGUAAUUUAAAACAGAUUUCUCUUAGGAUACAUCUGUAAAUCAUCCUAACCUUACUUUUCUGCAGCUGUCAUAUCAGCUUAAUGAAAUAUUAAACCAGUAGUAAAACUAGACAACUUACUUGCUGUAUGAAGCUUAAUUUUCUUUCUUUUGCAAAAAUUAUAAAACUGGCUAGAGAAAACCUUAGUUUUCAGAAUACAUAUUUUAAAGAAUUAGUAAGUGGGCUGGUUUUAAAUACUGGAGUGACUUCUGGAAGUCACAUUCCCUCACAGAAAUGUCUUGCAGUUACAUGCUGCUAACUACAGAAUGAUUUUCAGAAGUAAGUCCAAUAUUUCUAGAACUUUUUAAGUUCUACAGGUGGUAAGGUGUAUUUACAAGGGAGCAUACAAAGAAACUUCAAAACAGUAACUGGACUGGAAAGGAAUUGUACUGUACAUUAAUCUGUUCAUUUAAUUUUAUAGGGAUUGCUUGGCAGUGGACUAACAAGAAGUACAGUGGUCACCCAGAGAAGCUUUCUACCCAUGCAGUGUGUAAAGCUCUUGCAGUGAUUCCCUUGAAAGUCAGAGAAGCAAUACC